AUUGUGGAGCCUUCCAUAUUUUCUUGAUCCGAGCCUCAUGCGUAGAACAUGUCUAAUUGCUGAAUAAACUGCUAUGAUGCUGCUCAUCAACUGUUCUGUUCUAUUGUUGGUGGGGUUUUUUAAAUGUCAAGCUAUAGACGAAUAUCAAGAGAAAGUAUUUUGUAUUUCCCUCUAUAGUCUUUGACAACGCAGUGGGAUUGAGCCACAAUGGAAGCAGUUGCAGUGGUUGUGAGUCUCGCCACAGAGUUUCUGCGCUUUGCAAAGCUCUGCGUGAAUGAAGUCAGCUGAUCAUUGCUAUCGCAUGAUCGCCACUCAUCUUCCCUAGGCAGAGGAUAAAGACGUUGGCCCGUUUCAUUUCUGAAGAUCUAGCCUGUCAGGAUGGACCUGUCUAAGCUGCCUAAGAUCUGUGAUGAAGAGAAGGAGAGCGAGUUUGGAUACGUCCAUGGUGUAUCCGGCCCAGUGGUGACAGCCACUGCCAUGGCGGGAGCAGCCAUGUAUGAGCUGGUCAGAGUGGGCCACAGUGAGCUGGUGGGAGAGAUCAUCAGGCUGGAGGGAGACAUGGCCACCAUCCAGGUCUACGAGGAGACAUCGGGCGUGUCUGUUGGGGACCCAGUGCUGCGGACAGGGAAGCCUCUGUCUGUGGAGCUGGGCCCAGGCAUCAUGGGCUCCAUCUUUGAUGGUAUCCAGCGCCCCCUAAAGGACAUCAACGACCUAACACAGAGCAUCUACAUCCCCCGUGGAGUGAACAUCGGAGCCCUCAACCGAGACCUCAAAUGGGAGUUCUCCCCCGUCAAGAGCUUACGGGUGGGCAGUCACAUCACAGGGGGUGAUAUCUACGGGAUGGUGUUUGAGAACUCCCUUAUCAAGCACAAGAUCAUGCUGCCUCCGAGGAACAGAGGAACCGUCACCUAUGUGGCUCCCCCCGGAAACUAUGACGUCUCGGACGUGGUGUUGGAGCUGGAGUUUGAGGGGAUGAAGGAGAAGUUCACCAUGGUCCAGGUCUGGCCAGUGCGACAGAUUCGCCCGGUCACAGAGAAGUUACCCGCCAAUCACCCACUGCUGACCGGACAGAGAGUACUGGACGCCCUCUUCCCGUGUGUCCAGGGAGGAACCACAGCCAUCCCCGGAGCCUUUGGCUGUGGUAAAACUGUCAUCUCCCAGUCCCUGUCCAAGUACUCCAACAGUGACGUCAUCGUCUACGUAGGCUGCGGGGAGCGCGGGAACGAGAUGUCAGAAGUAUUGCGAGAUUUCCCUGAGCUGACCAUGGAGGUGGAUGGGAAGACUGAGAGCAUCAUGAAGAGAACAGCGCUGGUGGCCAACACCUCCAACAUGCCUGUGGCUGCCAGAGAGGCCUCUAUCUACACCGGGAUCACACUUUCUGAGUACUUCAGGGACAUGGGCUACAACGUGAGCAUGAUGGCUGACUCAACCUCUCGAUGGGCCGAGGCUCUCAGGGAGAUUUCUGGUCGACUGGCUGAGAUGCCCGCUGACAGUGGUUAUCCUGCCUACCUGGGUGCCCGUCUGGCGUCAUUCUACGAGCGUGCCGGCAGGGUGAAGUGUCUGGGCAACCCAGAGAGAGAGGGCAGCGUCAGCAUCGUGGGGGCUGUGUCUCCCCCUGGUGGUGACUUCUCUGAUCCUGUGACAUCGGCUACCCUGGGUAUCGUGCAGGUGUUCUGGGGUCUGGAUAAGAAGCUGGCCCAGAGGAAGCACUUUCCGUCAGUCAACUGGCUGAUCAGCUACAGUAAGUACACGCGGGCGUUGGACGAGUACUACGACAAGCACUUCCCUGAGUUCGUCCCGCUGCGCACCAAGGCCAAGGAGAUCCUGCAAGAGGAGGAGGACCUGGCUGAGAUCGUACAGCUGGUCGGCAAGGCCUCGCUGGCCGAAACUGAUAAGAUCACCCUGGAGGUGGCCAAGCUCCUCAAGGAUGACUUCCUGCAACAGAACGGUUACACCCCCUACGACAGGUUCUGUCCCUUCUAUAAGACGGUGGGCAUCCUGUCCAACAUCAUAGCGUUCUACGACAUGGCGCGGCACGCAGUGGAGACCACGGCUCAGAGCGACAACAAGAUCACCUGGUCAAUGAUCAGAGAACACCUGGGAGAGAUCCUCUACAAACUCAGCUCCAUGAAGUUCAAGGAUCCAGUGAAGGAGGGUGAGGCCAAGAUCAAGGCUGACUACGCCCAGCUGCUGGAGGACAUGCAGAAUUCCUUCCGCAGUCUGGAGGACUGAGCCUUCCCCCCCCUGACCUUUCACCCCUGACCCCUUACCUCUGACCCCAGGGGCAGUGCAUGUCUCUGGGUCACCCCCUCUCUCUCUGCAACAACCUCCACUGCAACCUCACAUUCCACUGCCUUGUGUUUACACCCAACCUCCUCUGUGUGAAUGUGUAUGGGCAAAAAGAGAACGAAAUGUACUGUGUUCUUGUAUUAUGAUCUGCCCCAACACCUUAAUGUGUGUAUGUUUACAUGUCUGUGUGUGAGACGUCUCAUCUCAGUCUUAAACCCUGCACUGCCCCUCCCUCCCCGUUUGUUUUGGACAUGGUCUCUGGCCCUAGCUGUGCACCUGACGACAUCAGUUGAUGUAAUUAUAAUUCAUUACCCCCUCUAUCUGUACAGAAGAUUAACAUGAAAUACCUAAGCAGAGUGACUAUUUAUUGCAGGCGUGUGACGUGGACAUCGCCUGGGCUGGUUGGUUGUUGUUUUUCUUAUGAUAGUGAUUUACGCGUAGUAGUCUUGUACGUGUGUAAGAGAUGUGCUCUCUUGUCCUCUCCUUUCCAUUGCUCAUGGGACAAGUGUUUGAGUCCCAAAUAAUAAAAUGUUGAAAACGAAAUAAAGCAACAAAACAAAAUGGUGAA